AUGGGCUCCCCAGUCUUCCAGCUAUAUGUGGUCCUCUGUCUGGGAGCUUCCUUGGGAUCUGGCAACCCCAUCAUGAGCUUGGAGGACUCUACUCUAGAAGAAGAUCUGCCCCUGCUGGAUGAUGUUUUUUCAGAGCAAGAUGGUGUUGAUUUUACUACUCUGCUAGAGAGUGUGAAAAAUGAAUUUCUGAAGACAUUGAAUAUGUCUGAAAUCCCCCUGCACAAUUCAGCCAAGGUCGAUCCGCCAGAGUACAUGUUAGAGCUAUACAACAGAUUUGCAACUGAUCGAACCUCGAUGCCAUCUGCAAACAUCAUUAGAAGUUUCAAAAAUGAAGAUCUGCUUUCUCAACCCACCAACUUUAAUGGACUCCAAAAAUACCAGCUCCUCUUCAACGUGUCCAUUCCUCACCAUGAAGAGAUUGUCAUGGCUGAACUUAGGCUCUACGCCUUGGCCCAGAGGAACCACCUGCUGUAUGAUGGAGUGGAACGAAAAGUGACCAUUUUUGAAGUGCAAGAAGAUGAAGGAGAGGAAAGGAAAAUGCUGGUUUUGGUGUCGGGAGAGAUCUAUGGAACCAACAGUGAGUGGGAAGCAUUUGAUGUCACAAAUGCCAUCAGACAUUGGCGAGGGUCUGGCUCUACUACCCACCGGCUGGAGGUCCACAUAGAGAACAGAAAUGAGAAGGCUGAGCCUUCAGAGAGAGGUCAGCUGGAGAUAGAUGUCAGCGCCCACAACAAGCACGUCCCUUUACUCAUUGUGUUUUCCGAUGACCAGAGCAGUGACAAGAAGGAGGAGAAAGAGGAAUUGAGUGAAAUGAUAGAUCACGAAGACCUUCUGGAACUGGACAACCUAGAAACCGAUCAUUUCCAUGACGGCCCAGGGGAAGAAGCUCUUUUGCAGAUGAGGUCCAACAUUAUUUAUGACUCCACUGCCCGGAUCAGGAGAAAUGCCAAGGGGAACUACUGCAAAAAGACCCCGCUCUAUAUUGACUUCAAGGAAAUUGGUUGGGAUUCAUGGAUCAUAGCUCCUCCCGGAUAUGAGGCAUAUGAGUGCCGGGGAGUUUGUUCCUACCCUCUGGCAGAGCACCUCACACCCACAAAGCAUGCCAUCAUUCAAGCAUUGGUCCACCUGAAGAAUCCCCAGAAAGCUGCCAAGGCUUGCUGCGUGCCCACCAAACUGGAUCCCAUCUCCAUCCUCUACUUAGACAAAGGGGUUGUCACCUACAAGUUCAAAUAUGAAGGCAUGGCUGUGUCAGAAUGUGGCUGUAGAUAGCUAAUGAGAGAGAAAACAGGGAUGUGCCUGUGGCGGCACAUCCGAGAACUGUAAAUUUUGUACAUUUUUAGUGCCUAUUUAAUAAGAUUAUUUAAGGAGGGGUGUACAGAAAACAGAAGGUGACUGCCUCAGAGGAAUAGGAUUUUAGAGUUGGAAGAGGCAAUAGAAAUCAUCUUGUCUAACCCCAUCAUUGUACAGAUGGGCAUACUGAGACCCAGAGAAAGGAACUGAUUUAUCCUAAUUUAAUAAAGUAGCAAGCAACAAAACCAGGAUUUGAAUUCAACUCUUCAUACUUUGAAACCAGUCCUCUUUUUAUAGUUUGGGUAAUAUUGAAUUCAGGAAUGUUAAGUGUUGUUUUCACUGACAUCUGAUAAUCAUGUUUAGGUACUUGAGAAUGUUUUUUUGAAAUAAAGCAUGAAAAGGAAGAACAAUGUAAGACUCUCCAACGUUUUAAAUGUAUCAUCAACAUAAUAUGAGCACAAAAUUCUUGAUGUAAAUUUGUUCAUUUUUCCUAUG